AUGAAGGGUGACGCGGGUUUAGGGCGCGUGACGUGGGAUGAGGAGGAGAAGGCCAUGGUUGGAGCUGUUCUGGGUGGUCGAGCUCAGGAGUUUUUAACGACAAACUCUGUAUCGAAUGAGAGUGUUUUAAUGGCGGUUGGGAGCGACGAGGGGCUUCAGAACAAGCUUUCGGAUCUGGUGGAGCGUCCCAACUUCUCCAAUUUCAGCUGGAACUACGCGAUUUUCUGGCAGCUCUCUCAGUCAAAAUCCGGUGAGUGGGUUCUAGGUUGGGGAGACGGGUGCUGCAGGGAGCCCAACGAGGAAGAAGAGGGUGCGGUGAGAGGCACGCUGAGGCUUCUUCGCGUGGACGAGGAGAUGCAGCAGAGGAUGAGGAAGAGGGUGUUGCAGAAGCUGCACACCACUUUUGGUGGUUCGGAUGAGGACAAUUACGCUUUUGGCCUCGACCACGUGACCGACACGGAGAUGUUCUUUCUUGCUUCCAUGUACUUCUCUUUCCCUGGCGGGCAUGGUGGCCCAGGUAAGUGCUUCGUCUCUGGGAAGCAUUUGUGGCUUAAAUCCGUGUCUGAUUACUGCGUGCGUUCUUCCUUGGUUAAAUCCGCCGGAAUUCGGACUAUUGUUUUGGUCCCUACUGAUUUGGGAGUGGUGGAGUUGGGUUCCGUGAGAGUGUUACCCGAGAGUCUUGAACUCGUACAAGCCGUUAGAUCUGUGUUCUCCACGCAGUGUCCGGCGUAUCCUGGGGUGAACGUUAGCGCUGGUGGGAAUGCGGUUUUUACUGGUUUGGCAAUUGGGGAUGGUAACAAGGUAGAUGGGGGAGUUUCAAUUCCCAAGCUUUUUGUGAAUGCAAUAGGCAAUCGAACGCAUUUCAGAGAGAAACUUGCUGUUAGAAAAAUGGAGGAUAACAGGCCUUGGGCAGGCCAUGCCCUCCCCAAUGGGAACAACCUCAACGACAACAAGGACAACAUCAACAACGUUAGUUAUCCCAAUGCACGGAAUGGUCUUCAUGUUUCGGGUUGGGCAGUGAAUUCGGGUGUGAGGCAGCCUGGUCCUGUUGAAGUUUUUGCUCCUAGGACUUCUCCGAGCAGUGUUGUUCCGGAGCUGGAUAAUUGUGUGAGACAGGAUUUCAGGCUGAUCAACAGCUAUCAACCUCAAAGGCAGGUGCAAAUGCAAUUUGACUUUACCGGAGCUACUGCUAGGCCUUCUCCUGUGAGACCGGUUGUCGCAGAUUCAGAGCUUUCUGAUGUUGAGGUCUCUUGCAAGGAGGAACGACCCAGUGUUGUGGAUGAAAGGAAACCCAGGAAGCGCGGUAGGAAGCCUGCUAAUGGAAGGGAAGAACCCCUCAAUCAUGUGGAGGCGGAGAGGCAGCGACGUGAGAAGCUCAACCAACGGUUCUAUGCAUUGAGAUCUGUCGUGCCUAAUAUCUCCAAGAUGGACAAGGCUUCGUUGUUGGGUGAUGCCAUUGCCUAUAUCAACGAUCUUCAGGCGAAAGUCAAGAUCAUGGAAGCUGAAAGAGAGAGGUUUGGAAGCACUUCAAAAGAUGGAUCAGUUUUGGAAGCUAACUCCAGAUCUGAAAACCACAAUCAAGAGAAAGAAGCUCCUGAUGUUGAUAUUCAAGCAGCUCAAGACGAGGUCAUUGUAAAGGUGAGUUGCCCUCUUGAUACUCACCCUGUUUCCAAAGUAAUUCAAACGCUCAAAGAGGCACAAAUCAGUGUUGUAGAAUCAAAGCUUGCUGCUGCAAAUGAUACUGUUUCCCACACAUUUGUAAUUAAGUCCCAAGGAUCUGAACCACUUAAAAAGGACAAGUUGAUUGCUCUUUUUUCCCCACCAGAAUCCAAUCCAUUGCAGCCAUUGUCAUCAGUUGGAUAA